GUUGGCAUUGAAAUGACACAUAGUGAAAAUUAAAAAAACUUUAAAACUGCAAACCGAAUGCACAAACCGUACGGCCUACGGAAAACGCAACUCAGAAUGUGUACGCGAAAAAAAAAGCUGCCUUGUUGAUUGUUAUGUUUAUCAACGCACUCGAAACCGUCAGCAAAAGUUGAUUAUAAAACCCGCGGCCUAUCGCACCAAUCGUCAGUUACCGCUGUUGUGUUCUAUCGUACUGAAGAGUUGUUCUACUACACCAACAAACACCACUAACCAUGCACAAGUUGAUCAUUUUGGUUAUUGUUUCGGCCGUCGUCGGUGCCUUGGCUGACGGUUACGGAUCCGCUCCGAAGUACGAGGCUCCGAAGCCGGCCUACCACGCCCCGGCUCCCGCCUAUCACGCACCGGCUCCGGCUUACCACGCCCCGGCCCCGGCACCAUCCUACCACGCACCCGCCCCGGCUCACUACGCCCCGGUUGUGCACUCGUACGCUGCCAAGGCUCCGGCUGUCAAGUGCGGAGCUAACCUGCUGGUCGGAUGCGCACCCAACGUCGCCCACGUACCUUGCGUUCCAUCGCACGGUGGACACGGUGGAUACGGCGGACACGGAGGACACGGAGGAUACCGCAGCGCUGACUCAGAAUCUGCCAUCGAAGCCCUCGAGUAAGUUCCGCUAGGAACCGCUGGUUUACGUGUUGGGUACGAUCCCCUCUCGACCAGUCGUGAACGAAGGCGCUAGGGGCGGUUCAUCAAAAGGAAAUCACGUAAGAAAGCUGAAAGAAGAAAAUUGUGUUUGCAUUGUCUGUUGAAUAAAGUACAUUUUAUUUAACGUCAAAUUUUAACUGUUUAUCUUUUGAUAUUGAGAAACUGGUCCGCCUGGAAUGUCCACCUUGCGAAAAAUAAAAAGUAAAUCAUUAAGUAUGGUUCGAAUGAUUUUACUUACAUGGUCAAGUUUUCG